AUGCCUCCUCCUCCACGAGCCCCAACAACGUCAAAGCACGCAAUUCUCAAGGGUCUCAACGAUGCCCAACGCCGUGCAGUUACCUCGGAUUCCGACACGGUUGCCAUCCUGGCUGGCCCAGGGAGCGGCAAGACCCACACACUGACAGCCCGAGUGGUCUGGCUCAUCGAUCACAAGGGUAUUCGCCCAGAGGAUGUCAUCGUCGCAACCUUCACUGUAAAGGCAGCUCGAGAAAUGAAGGACCGCAUCAGCAAAGUUCUCGGCAACAACAGGGAGACCAAGCUCAUUCUCGGCACCUUCCAUAGCAUUGCACGACGCUAUCUUGCUGCGUAUGGACGGCACAUUGGCCUCAGCCAGUCUUUUGGCAUUGCCGAUAGCGACGAUUCCAACAAGAUCAUCGGGCGUAUUUGCAAGAGACUGCAGUUGGCCGUUGAUCCAUCUGGGGCACGGGCGUGGAUCAGCAAGCAGAAAGCCAAGGGCACUGAGGCUACUUCUAAGGCAUCCCGAAAAGAGGCCGGCAAAGUCGAUGGGCUCCAAGAGCUCGAAACUUGUUACCGCGAGUAUCAGAAACAACUCAAGGCUUCAAACCUCCUGGAUUACGACGACCUCCUCGUUAGUUGCGUGGAGCUCCUCCAAAAGUUUCCGGCCUGUGUUUCCAACGUGCAGGCAGUGCUCAUUGAUGAAUACCAAGACACAAACGGGAUCCAGUAUGAUCUUAUGAAGCUCUUUGCCCAACAGCGGAAAAGGAUCACUACCGUCGGUGACCCGGAUCAGAGCAUUUACGGCUGGCGAUCCGCCGAAAUCAGAAACCUGUGGAAGCUGCUCCGAGAAUUUCCCAAGACUGAUGAGGUUUCUUUGGAGCAGAAUUACCGUUCAUCGCAAGCGAUCCUUGACUUGUCAUUAGAGGUGAUCAAGCAGGACCAGAAGCGGUACAAGAAAGUGCUGAAGCCGACCCACAAUAGAGGGUCUCGGCCGGUCCUUCGUCGGUUGAAGAGUCCCUCAACCGAGGCGGACUGGGUCGUGUCGGAAAUCAGGCGAGCGCUCGUAAUGUCGGGGGCUAUGUUGACCCACGAUGACGUGGCUAUCUUGUUGCGCUCGGCGGCUUUGUCGAGGCACCUGGAAUCAUCCCUCGGGAAAGCCGGUAUCCCCUACAGGAUGAUAGGCGGCUUCAAGUUCUAUGACCGCGAGGAGAUCAAGGUCUUGAUCAACUAUCUACGCGUGAUUCACCAGCCAGAAAAUAAUGAUGCCCUCGCGCGGAUUAUGAAUGUCCCGAAACGAGGCAUUGGCGAAGUCACCGUCAAACGACUGCUUGAGGAGGCCGAGACCUCAUCGCUGAGCCUUUGGUCCGUCUUGUCCAAGCAUUGCCGCGGAGACCGCACGGCAGAAACGAAGAUCACAAAGCACGCCGAGCAGCAAAUCAGUGGCAACCUCCUCCGCCCACUUCGCGAGAUCCAGGCGAAGGUCCAAGAGGGUCCGGGGUUCGGGCUCGUAGAUACAAUCCAGCACCUACUAACAAAACUCAAUUUUGAGGAGCACCUUAAGAGGGAUCACCGUGAUCCCGAGGAUGCCGCCCAGCGGUGGGCGAACGUGCAAGAAUUUCUUGCUCUGGCUGCCGAAUUCGCUCGCGACCUCGAACUUUCUGACGAAGACGCUCUCCCAGAGAUUGACGGCCUCGUGCAGACCAAGGACGCCGAAGUACUUCCCCGCUUUCUAGCCAACGUAUCCCUUGCAUCGGAUGCGCAGACAAAGGGCGACGGAGAAGAGAGCAAGCCGGUUGUCACAAUAUCGACCAUACAUGCAGCAAAGGGUCUUGAAUGGCCCGUCGUCUUUGUCCCCGCAGUCUACGACGGAUCCAUACCCCACGUACGAUCCGAAGAUGGCGACGAAGAACGAAGGCUGCUCUAUGUGGCCAUGACGAGAGCCCAGAGCCUGCUCUAUCUCAGUUUUCCGGUGUUCGGCGGAAAGGGUGACGGCGAACGGAACAAGCUGUCGCCCUUCAUCGACCCCGUAAGUCGCUAUUUUCUCAACAAAGGGCCGUGUUUUGACCGGCCGGUCAUGAGCGAAAUCGCCAAGGUUCUCCGCCGCCAACUACCGCCAGAUGAAGAUAUCUACAAAGGCCUUCCAAACACGAUGACUAUGGAGGACAACAUGUUCCCCGUCGAUCCGGAGGCGACGAACGCGGAGAUAGGGCCGAGGGCCGGACUCCAAGGGGGGGAUGCAUCGCGAGCGAAGAGACAGAGGUUGCAUGGCCCGCCAGGUAACUCGGAAGCAGGCGAGGAGGCCCCUUGGAAACAAUAUAGCACCACCAUGGAGAAGGCUUCAACUUUCACGGUGAAGUCCCUCCCCGGGUUCGUCAAUCUCGGGGCUCAUCAAGCCGCCAUCACCGCUGCGAACGCCGAAGUUUUGGCAGCUCAAAGAGUUGAAAAGACGAAGCCACCCGCAAACAAACUGCCUUCGAACCAAAAGAGUAUCAUGGGAUUCGUCAAGACCGCGGAUGGGGCUCCUCGUACAACCGCCGGGCAGUCCGCGAUGCCGCCCCCUACCAAUCCCCAGUUUUUAGGAAACACGACCAGCAAUCAGCCUCAAGGAGCUCCGACGUCACCCGCGAUUUCUCCGGCCCUCGCCGGGCACAACUUAGCGACAGGCAAGGUGAUGGCCAGGCCGUCCGCCGCCAAAGAGCCGGAAACAGCCAAGCGGAAACAAUACCCCUGCUUCAGUUCCUCGCCGCCCCGCGAGACCGCCUCAAACGAUGCUAGCGGAAACGGGGAAAAUGAUGCAGAGUCGGACGACGAUAAUGGGCCGCCGGCGGAACCCGCGAGAGCGGCGGCCUGUCUGCACGCGACAACUUGGGCAGUCACCACCAGACUCACCGCGGGGAUUAGGCGACCCCAAGGACUGGGCCGGAGGAAUAAUGCACCGAAUGAGAGACUUCGUCAACCAUUCAAACCGUUGACCAUGGGCCGGCCAGGUGGGCGGCCGUGA